AUGGCAGAGGAAGAUGAGAAUAAUGUGUACACCCUGGAUGACUAUUUGGAUAAAGAAGGGCAGACUUUUCACUCAAGUAUCCGGCUACCAGACAUUCAAGCCAGGAAUUUUGAAAUCAAGCCCGUUAUGAUUCAACUACUGGGGAUGAUGGGUACUUUUGAAGGAAAUUUUAAGGAUGAUCCAAAUGAGCAUUUGACCAAGUUUAUAGAGGUUUGUGAGAACUUCAAACAAACUGGGGUUACUAAAGAUGCACUGCGAUUGAGAUUGUUCCCCAUGUCACUAUCUCAUAAGGCGAAAACGUGGUUAAAUUCUUUACCAAAACACUCCAUUAAGACUUGGGAUGAUCUUGUGUCUAAGUUCAAGGGUAGAUUUAUUCCAAGGGGCAAACGUGCUACAUUAAGGGGUGAAUUGCUUUCUUUCGAGCAGCAUCCGAAUGAGUUAUUCUACGAGGCUUGGGAAAGAUUCAAGGAUAUGUGGAGAAAUUGUCCAAAUCAUGAGCAAAAGAAAUAUGUUCUAAUGGAAGCCUUCUGGAAUGGGUUGAAUGAUCAGACAGUGACAAUGCUGAAUACUGCUUCAAACGGAGGAAUCGGAAAGAUGAAGGUAAAUGAGCUAUAUGAACUGUAUGAAGAGGUGGCAUCUAGCACUAUGCAACAGUAUAACAAAAGAAGGCAAAGUUCUGGGAGAUAUAAGGAGCCUAGUUCUUCAUCAUCAAGGGAUAUUGCAUUGCAACUUGAAGCAAUAUCUAAGAGAUUUGACAAUCUGGAAUUGCAGAUUAAGAAAGGAAAUGCUGCAGGAGUUCAUGCACUUCAGGCUCCGGGAUACACUUGUGACCAUUGUAAUGAGGAACAUCAUUCUGAUCAAUGCCCAUACACCUUGGAGACAGUCAAUUAUAUGAAUAAUGCGCAGCAAAGACCACAAGGAAGCCCUUACUCUCUCAAACUUACAAUCCAAAUUUGA